GGCCCGGCCCGGGAGCAGCGGGGAGGCGGCAUGGGGAAGAGCUGCAAGGUGGUGGUGUGCGGGCAGGCGUCGGUGGGGAAAACCUCCAUCCUGGAGCAGCUCCUGUACGGGAACCAUGUGGUUGGCUCCGAGAUGAUCGAGACGCAGGAGGACAUUUACGUGGGCUCCAUCGAGACGGACCGCGGGGUGCGGGAGCAGGUCCGCUUCUAUGACACGCGGGGCCUGCGGGACGGGCUGGAGCUGCCCAAGCACUGCUUCUCGUGCACGGACGGCUACGUGCUGGUCUACAGCACGGACAGCAGGGAGUCCUUCAAGCGGGUGGAGCUGCUCAAGAAGGAGAUCGACAAGUGCAAAGACAAGAAAGAGGUCACCAUCGUGGUGCUGGGCAACAAGUGUGACCUGCAGGAACAGCGCCGCGUGGACCACGACACAGCCCAGCACUGGGCCAAGGGCGAGAAGGUGAAGCUGUGGGAGGUGUCCGUGGCCGAUCGGCGCACGCUGAUCGAGCCCUUCAUCUACCUGGCCAGUAAGAUGACACAGCCACAAAGCAAGUCUGCUUUCCCCCUGAGCCGCAAGAACAAGGGCAGUGGGUCCAUGGAUGGCUGAGCCUUGUUUUCCCUUCACUGCCACUGCCACCUCCUCUCCUGCACCCCCUUCUUCCCUCUCACAUACCUGCUGCUGAGCCUGCUUGGUGUCACGGAGCCUGCGGGAAGCGCAGUGGCACAAGGAACAUGCAUCCCAGGGCUGGGGAUGGCCUUUGAGGAUGAGAGGGGAGCCAUCUCCCUGCACUGGGACAAGGCCUGCUCUCUGCACAUCCCUCCCAUGCAGGUGUUGGAGGCGGCACAGGAAAGCCAGGCUUCACGGAGGGAUGCUCCGUGGGUACCAUAGGCUGCUGAGGGAGCAGAGCACGGGGCUGGCCGGCAGGUGGGGAUAGCAGCCGGCCUGAGGACACAAUCCCCUCCCUUGAGCUGCUCUGGUUUGUUGUACUGAUACCAUGUGAGAAGAGCCCGUUUGCUGGCCCUGCCUCCGGCUCCACCCCAGCCAGCUCGGUGGUGGUCCCCGGCAGAUCGCCACUUACCCGGCAGUUCCCACUGCUCCUUGACGUGCAGGACUGUUCAGGCAUCCUGCCCAGUGGCAGGAUGCUGUUCCCGAUGGCAGGGUGCUCACAUCCACCACACUGCACACUGAGUGCAGACUCAGUCAUGACCUUGGCGAAGCUGGGACUGUGCUUUGCCUGCACACCCUGGUGCCUGGGGCUCUCACUGCCCAUCCUCACAGUGCUCACUCACCUCAGAACCACCACAAGACGAAGCAAAGGUGGCCUGGUCCUGCCCAGCAACACGUGUUCCCUUCGGCGAGGGUGGAUGGAGGGAAACACCAGUGACAAGAGCACGCUGGCUUGUUUGUACUUGUUCCUUUUAUUGACUGAGUAACACAAUAAAGCCAUGAGCUUCAGUUAUCAAAA